AUGCAUCCUUGUGUUUUUACAAUUUUGUCACUUAUGAUGCUACGCCUUGUGACAGUAUAUGGCUACCACCAAUUGGUAGCGGUGGAAGGAGGAGGAGGAGAUGAUACUAAUGGUGUUAUCAGAAACAAGUGUUUGGAUAUGGAGAGACAUGCUCUGCUUCUUUUCAAAGCUCCCCUUCAAGAUCCUGAUGGCAGUCUCUCAACAUGGAGACCUGAUGAACAUGACUGCUGUCAAUGGAAAGGAGUCACGUGCAACAACCAAACAGGUCAUGUUACAGAGCUUGAUAUCAGUGACUAUAAUCUUGGAGGUGAGAUUAGCCAAUCAUUGCUUAAUUUAAGCUAUUUAAACUUUCUUGAUCUUUCCUACAAUUCUUUUGGUGGAACCAUUCCCACCUUCUUUGGUUCCAUGACUCGAUUAACAGACCUAAAACUCAACUCCAAUAAUCUUAACGGAACCAUUCCCAGAUGCAUUGGUUCCUUGACAGAAUUAAGGCACCUUGACCUUUCUGCUAACUCUUUUUAUGGAAUCAUUCCUCCAGAGUUUGGAAAUCUCACCAACUUGCAAUACCUUUACCUUGGAGUUGUUGGCAGAUGUAGAGUUGAGAACCUACACUGGUUGUCUUCUCUAUCCCAUUUGCAGCAACUUGGGAUGGAUGGGAUUUCCCUAGCCAAACAAAAUCAUUGGGUAGAUGUAAUUUCAAGUCUCCAAAGCCUAUCAUGGUUAAGUUUAGAUGGAUGUGAGCUGUCACAGGUCAUGUAUCCAUAUUCUUCUUCAUUUCUCAACUCUUCUUCUUCAUCUAUUGAAGUCCUUUAUCUUGGAAACAACAGUCUCACCUCAUCCAUGUAUCGUUGGUUGUUCCCAUUAACCACCAAUAAGCUUCAAAUCCUUGAUCUCUCUAGCAACAUGUUAGAUGGGAUACCCAAAUAUCUUGGUAACCUCUGUAGUUUGGAAAGUUUGAGCUUUGCUAACAACUCUGCUGUUGUCAAAUUUCCUGGUUUUCUGUACACCUUGUCUGGAUGCACAUCACUUACAUUGCAAGAAUUGGAUGCUUCUUAUAACCAGUUUAUAGGGCCAUUGUCUGAUGACAUCCAAAAGUUUUCAUCCCUAAGACAUUUAUGGGUAUCUCAUAAUCACUUAAAUGGCAUUAUAAGUGACAAAGUGUGGGAACUACCCAUGCUUGAAGAGAUUGACGUUUCUUCCAAUUCUUUUAGAGGUGCCAUCUCUAAAAACAUUGGAAAGUCGAAGGCUUUUGAGAUAUAUCUUUCAGAAAACCAACUCCAAGGAGUUCCUUCCACAGAUCACAUGUCAAACCUUUCUUAUGUACAGCUUAUUGAUAUGAACUCUUGCAAUCUAGGGCCUCAUUUCCCCAAAUGGGUUCAAACACUGAGAAAUCUCACCCGUCUUCAUAUUGCCAAUUCCAAAAUUUCAGACAAAAUUCCUAUGGAGUUUUGGGACACAUGGCCUUCUCAGUUAAGAUAUUUGAAUCUCUCUUCCAACAACAUCAGCGGUGAAGGACCAGAUUUAUCAUCAAAUUUUGACAACGGUUCAGUGAUGGAUUUGAGUUCCAACAGUUUUUCUGGUCCACUAUCGAAUGUCUCUUCCACUUUGGCAUUGUUAAACCUUUCCAGAAACAAAUUCAAUGGAGGAAUCUCUUUUUUAUGCCAAAUGGUUGGUGGGUUUUUGGAAGUUCUUGACCUCUCCCAUAACCUUUUCACGGGAAAACUUCCAGAUUGUUUGUGGCAUCUCAAACUACUAAAAGUCCUUAAUCUAGGACACAACAAUCUAUCUAGAAGACUUCCUCCCUCAAUUGGAUAUUUGAGAGAACUUGAGGUGCUGGAUUUAUACAAGAACAACUUUUCUGGAGAAUUGCCAUUAUCCUUGAAGAAUUGCACGAGUUUAAACUUGAUGAAUUUGGGGGCCAACAAGUUUUCUGGUAAUGUGCCUGUUUGGAUUGGGGAAAACUUAUGGGGGUUGUAUGUUCUUAUCCUAAGAUCAAACAACUUCUUCGGAACCAUCCCUUUACAGUUAUGUUAUCUUGAAAAUCUUCAAGUUUUAGACUUGUCAAUGAACAAUCUCCAGGGAACCAUCCCCUCAUGUUUGAAUAAUCUUACAAGCAUGGUUCGUGAACGAUUCUUACCACCACCACCACCAAACACAUAUUCCAUUUUAACUAACUGGAUAAUAAAAAAGUCAGGAAAUGGUUAUUCAAACUCUAGCGAGUAUGUUGACCAUGCAACGAUUGAGUGGCAAGGAGAUGAACGUGAAUUCAGCAGAAGUCUGAGAUUGUUGAAGAGCAUUGACAUGUCGAGCAACAAUUUAACAGGACAAAUCCCAUAUGAACUUACCGAUCUCUAUGACUUAAUUGCACUCAACUUAUCAAAGAACAGUCUUCUUGGAAAGAUUCCAUUGAAAAUUGGUCAAAUGAAAAAACUUCUAGUUUUGGAUUUAUCUAAAAACUUCUUUUCAGGAGGGAUACCAUCAAGUAUGUCUCAAAUGAGUUUAUUGAAUUACCUAGACAUGUCAUUUAAUAAUUUGUCAGGGAGAAUCCCAACUAGCACUCAGCUCCAGUCUUUUGAACCUUCAAGAUACGAAGGAAAUGCAGGACUAUGUGGACCUCCCGUUUCCAAAAAAUGUCCAGGAGAUGAAGAAUCAGAAGUACCAUUGGUGAUUGGUAAAAGCAAGGGUGAGGGGGAAGACGUGGAUGAAGUUUGGAAUUGGUUUCACAUUGGUGAGGGCUGUGGUUUUGCUACUGGAUUUUGGAUAGCAUGUGGAGCUUUACUUGUCAACAGUCAUGGGAGACGAGUUUUUUUUCACUUUUACGAUGGCGUCGAAGAUUGGGUUUAUGGGAAGGUGGCAUUGUUCAUUGAAGAUUUGCGGAGGGUUGCAUAUAUGUAG